AGUUCCCAAAUUGAAAAUUUAAGAUUUUAUUCUCUCCCUCUCCUUCAUCUCCCAAAAACCGCCACCGCCCACCGCCUUCUUCCAUGGCUACAACCGCGCCACCACCAUCUCCUCCCUGAAGUCGGUCAAAGCAAAACUGUCAAAAGCUUCCAACAGUAGGAUAGAAUAGAAUGUCUCAAGUUGAACGGUCAAAAAGCUCUUCGGCAUUGGUGCCUGUGGAUUUGAAUGUGCAAAAUGGAGAAUUUACACAAGCAGAGUCCAUCAUCCGGCACUCCCAGAUACUACAAGGGGAUCUGCAUACAUUAGGGAUGAAAAUUAAGCAGCAUGAGGACAACCUAAAUCUUCUGAACAAUGAAAAAAGCAAGUUAGACGACUUCAUUCUUAAUUUGCAAGCUACUGUUGGGAGACCAGAGUCUUCAAGUACAAUCAAGGCUGCUAAUGCGGACGAUCCCCACCUUACAACUGAGGAGGUAAAUAAACAGAUAUUGCAGCAUGAAAAAUCUGCUGCUGGUAUUUUGUGCCAGCUGAAGACUCAUCAUGGAGCCCAGGUGUCUCUGCUUUCAUUAACAAAGGAUGUUGUGGGUAUUGUUGCUAUGCUGGGCAAAGUUGAGGAUGGCAAUCUUAGCCGACUUUUCUCGGAGUAUCUAGGAGUGGACACUAUGCGAGCGAUUGUUUGUAGAACCUAUGAAGGAGUUAAAGCUCUUGAAAUGUAUGACAAGGAAGGCUGCAUAAAUAAAAGUUCUGGUCUUCACGGGCUAGGUCCUUCUAUUGGAAGACCUUUGGAUGGUCGAUUUCUAGUGAUAUGUCUUGAAUCUCUGAGGCCUUAUACUGGCAAAUAUUUCCUUGAUGACUCCGAACGGAAGUUGGACAUUUUAAAGCCGAGAUUACCCAAUGGGGAGUGUCCACCUGGAUUUCUGGGGUUUGCUGUGAAUAUGAUUAAUAUUGACAGCUGGAACCUAUUUUGUGUAACUCCCAGCGGCUAUGGCCUCAGAGAAACUCUUUUUUAUAAUCUCUUUUCUCGCCUACAAGUUUAUAAGACAAGGGCUGAAAUGAUCCAAGCACUUCCUUGCAUAAGCGAUGGAGCUCUUUCUUUAGACGGAGGGAUGGUUAGGAGUUGCGGUGUAUUUUCCUUGGGCAAUAGGGAAGAUGUUGAUGUGAAAUUUCCAAAACCAGAUAGAUCAACUGAACUUGAUGGCGAGAUCGAAACUGAGAGGCAAAUGAAGGAUAUCAAAUGGAAGAAGGAAAAGGUUCUGGAGGAUUUAAAAAGGGAACGGACUCUGUUGGACAUGGCGAAAUUCAAUUUCAGUAAAAAGAAGAAUGAUUUUCUCAAGUUUUUGGCGCAAAGUUCAUCAUAUGCAACUCAGGCUCAAACUACUUCUGACAGAUUCAUACCUAGAUGAAGAAAUCAAGGCAGUCAGCGAAGCUAUGAAGAUGAUAGUCUGUGACUAACAACUUUGUUCAUGAGCUUGUAGUCAUAUCCAUUUUGUAAUCUGGCUCUCGUUGGGGAAAGGUGCACAUUAUUUGUUUAUCUAGGACCCUUCGGUUAAGGCCGCAUUUUUCUUCAAGCUCUGCUGAUAAGAAAAAUCAGACCAGUCUUCAAGACAAUGGAUUGGACAAGCAUUUUUUGGGUUCCUUGUACAUCAAUACUCUUCAGUAGUGUGAUCGGAGAAUCUGAAUGUUGUACAUCUCUGAUAUUUAGACUUUUUUCGCUUGUAGUUUUUUAAUUUUUCGUUUGACCUCAGUUUUUUUGUGUCUGCCAUAAGUUAUUAUUAAGAGAUCAACCAUUCAGUUUUCCAGCA